UCCAUCGCCAGAAACGGUGGGUCGAACCCCUUUACUUCCCUCCCUUUCCCCUUCACUUGAUCAAUCCUCCGGGGAGGUUGGGGGUAGUGGUGGGGAGAUUUCAGAUAGGGCCCUACUGGAGGUGCUGGCAUUAGUGAGCAAUAUGGGGGGUAGUGCUGGGCAUCCAGAUGGCGCGUCUGAGCCCGUCGGCCAUGCGGCCGGGAGUGAGCCCUCUUUUCGGGGGGUUAGUUAUGACAUAGGCCCCAAUUUAGUUACCACGUCGGGCCCUGCCGGGCCCGUUUCUGGCCUUCGCAGGCCCACAUGUCCCCCUAAAGUAGCCGGUAAAGCGGGGGUCCCCGCUAGGCCCGCUAUGCGGUCUACAGCCGCUAGUUCCUCUGUCCCCUGCUCUCCGGUCCCCCUGGCUGGGCCUCCCUCCCCUCGCGUGGUUGCGGCGGGCCCUUCUCGGCCUUGUGGCGUUCCGGUCCCCGGCCCCUACGGGCCUUACUCUUUUGCCCCAAUAGUUGGUAGUUUUAGUGGGAGCAGUUCGGCCUUACCUCCGACGUCGUCUCCGGUGUCUCAGGACUCCAUCGCGGCCGCGGUAUCCCUUUUCCAGAUGUGGGCAUCUUCUUUGUCGGGGUCUCCGGGUGCGUCCCACGUGGUCCUUGGUCCUCCGGCGGUGGUUGCGCAGGCUCCCGCGUCGACUGUUCCUCCAUCGGCGGCGACUUCCGGUUUGCGGUCCUCCGAGGGCGGGACUUCCGGUGACGUCAUUUCCGAUGACGUCACUGCCGGUCCCGCCAUUUGUCAGCGGUCAUCGAAGCGGAGCAGGUCGAGUUCCCCGCGCGGCGUCCAAGGUAAGAGAGGAGUGCCGCGGGGGGGAACUUAUGCUCCGGGGGGCAAUUCUGCUGAUGCAAUGGGGUCUACAGGGGCAGCACUUGUGGGGGUUGAUCUUCACGAGGGGGCUAAUGGUGAAUCAAUGGAGGAAUUACCUCAGGGGGGGCAUUUCUCUGGCCAAAUGAACCCGGGGGUCCCUGUUGGAGGCCCCCGUGGGCAGGUUGCAAAGGGUAUUACGGCCCGGCAAAGGGCAAAGGCCCCGUCGGGCAGUAAUCCUCGUCAAGGGGCAAAGGCCCCAUUGGGCAAUUAUAAAGGUGUCGCAGCACCUAUUGGGCACGCUAGGAGUAUGCCUAAGAGCGCUGGCAGUAAUAGUGAGGUUUCUUUGGGCAAAGGCGGCGCCCGUGCAGGCGGCGCUUUUGGCGCGCAAAUUAGUGGGAGUGUAGGGGCUAGGCCUCAGGCUCCGGGCGCAUCCCCGGCAGCAGCGAGGAAGGUAGUAACUAGGUCUUCUACCAAACAUGGUUCACCAGAACAGUUUCAGAGUUUGGAUUUAGCGGUUGCAUCCACUAGACGUAAGAAAGCCACCCCUAUCACUCAGAAGUCAGUACAUUUUAGUGAAGAGAUAGAGGACUUUACAGAAGAUGAGCAGGGUGUGUAUGAUGAUGUUGCAAGUGGCGAAGACAACCAUGAUGUGUGUGAGGGGAUGCAUGAACGGUCUGGGCACAGGGGGAGGGGUAGAGCAGACCUUCCCCUUCGUGGUACUCCUCUCUGGCAAUCUCUUUUGCAGGAAAGCGACAUGGCUACGUCAGGAGAUUCAGGCAGCGGGUUGGAGAGAGGUGCUGAGAGCGGCCAGGACUCCAUGGUGUCAGAGGAUGAGCGUCCUUCUACUUCGGGAGUCGUGGCGAUUCCAAACAGGACUGGUGUGAGAGAUGGGCCUAGAAGUGGGCCACUUCGUGCCUGGAUCGUUGGGCACUCGUUCGUACACUGGGCGGCUAUCCGAGCGGCAUCGCAACCUGGAGGGCAGCAGCUUGGGUUCUCAUUCUCCAGGGUGGUAGUUAGGUGGUUAGGGAGGAGAGGCCUUUGCUGGGCAGAUCUGCCUGGGUUACUGCAAUCCGCCAUGAGGCGGUGGGAGAAACCCCAUGUGCUGAUCAUCCACUUAGGUGGGAAUGAUCUCGGCUCAAUUCCCGGCCGGGACUUGAGCGCAGUGAUCCAAUCAGAUCUGCGCACCUUUAAAGCUUGGUUGCCUGGUGUGAGAAUGGGCUGGUCAAACAUUAUACCGAGGUUGACGUGGAGACACAUGGCCAAUCAUAGGGCAGCGUUCCAAGUUCGCAAGAAGCUCAAUAGAGAUGUUAGGAAGCUUAUGUGCGAGCUAGGUGGUUUUGUUGUGGAACACAAGUUCAUUACGGCCGCUGACCGUAGCCUGUACCGAGGCGACGGGGUCCAUCUUACGGACCAUGGCAUGGACCUGUUUAUUGAAGAUAUACGUCAGUCCCUACUCCUAUUUGUGUGAGUUGGGUGGCGGCGAGAGUGGCCCUUGAUAUUCGGGCGAUCUCGUGGCGGGUGGACAGUGUCCGGGGGCAGGAUGUGAUCGAGGUAGAGUGACGGCACUUCCGGCCAGGGAUGAAGUCCCCAGACGCGCGUCUGGGGUGUUCCCUGCCCGUGUGAUUACGAUGCCGAGAAUUCCCUGUUUUAUAGUAUUGAGCUACGCUCUGCUUCUUCUCCUGCGCCCUGGUACUGCCCAUCUUGUUAGCAUGGGUUACUACGUUUUAGCUAGUACCUGAUUGCCGCCCCCCUGGUCCAUGUUUAUUCAGACGGUCGUUAGUUCUUGUGUUGCCACAAUAAACGUGACCUGCGGGUUUUCUCUAACCAUAAAAAGUUGUUGUGUCGUUAUUUUGUGUGUUAUUUAUUUCUACGUUUAGAAACUAAGUUGAGUUUAUGUUAAACCAAGAAUGUAUAUAGUUAUAAGUUAUUCUUUCCACAGAGGAGGAUAUGGCAUUUAAUCCCUUAAGGAAAUGUAAGGCAAAUUGCCUGGAAUGCACAUAAGGGUUAAGGCCAAGACGGAGGAGGGGAGUGUUGUGUUGUGUGUGUGAAACAAUGUUGCAGAAAGAGAGGAGGGGUUCCAGCUUACCUUUUUAAGCCCAGUACAGGAAGCACAUGUCCUCUUUCUGCUGUUUUUCUCAAAGUUUUCCCCACCCUUCCCUCCCUUUGUUUAUUAUUUUGCAAUCAGUAGGGGGAUCCGUCCUUAUGGUGGUCCCCAGGGACUAGGGCUAUCCGAAGGCUUGAUGAGGGCUAACCAGCCUAUUUCUGUAAGUCCAAGGACGUUAAGUUUCAGCUCCCCAGGUAUUUCAAUCUGGUUUACGCACCUUUUUGAUCCUGGCCCUUACUGGUACGGAGUGGUGGUUUGCACCCUGGGCUGGCGGGUGGACAGUGUCCGGGGGCAGGAUGUGAUCGAGGUAGAGUGACGGCACUUCCGGCCAGGGAUGAAGUCCCCAGACGCGCGUCUGGGGUGUUCCCUGCCCGUGUGAUUACGAUGCCGAGAAUUCCCUGUUUUAUAGU